AUGCCAAUCGUGCCCUCAUUCACCCUCGGAUUCAUCCGUUGUAAAGAAAACAACAAGGUACUAAUGCUCAAUCGAAACAAAGCACCAUGGAUGGGUAAAUGGAAUGGUGUAGGCGGCAAGAUCAACCCCAAUGAAACACCAUUAGACUGCAUGGUUCGAGAAGCACAAGAAGAAACUGGGUUAAUGUUGCAACAUUUUCAACCCAGAGGAAUCUUGACUUGGGAAAUUUACAGUAAAGAAGAGGAGGAGAAAGAAAAGACAACUUCUAAAGCCAAUGGGAAAAGAAGCAAUGGCACUAUUGUUGAACGAGCUUUGAAACAUGCUAAUUUGGCAAGCAAAGGUGGACUAUAUCUCUUUACUGCCGAUAUCACAUUGGAACAAUUUGAACAUUAUCGUACCCCAAUGAUUUAUGAUGAUGAAGGGAUCUUGUGUUGGAAGGAUUUGGAAUGGGUUACAUUUGAGUUUAAUUUAGGUGUGGUUGACAAUAUACGAGCUAAUUUGGCACAAAUUUUUGAGUCAAAGGAGGAUGAUUUGUUUCAAUUAAAGUAUGAAAAUACAAGUUUGGUUGGUAAUGAAUAUAUCCCCAGUGGGGCUGCUCCGUUCUUUGAAAGAAAAGAAAGGGAACAACAAGCAUAG